UCUCUGCCCACUCAGCCGCGGCUGGCCGGCUGAGCGAAGAUCACAGGCGCCCCUUCCCCUUCACCCACCAUGGAAAACCUCCAAGGAAAAGUGGCCCCGGACACGCGUGCCUGAGGAUUCCGCACAAAAGAGGUGCCCAAAAUGAAGACCCUGAUGCGCCAUGGUCUGGCAGUGUGUUUAGCGCUCACUACCAUGUGCACCAGCUUGUUGCUCGUGUACAGCAGCCUCGGCGGCCAGAAGGAGCGGCCACAGCAGCAGCAGCAGCAGCAACAGCAGCAGGAAGCAGCCACUGGCAGCGCGCAGCCGUCCGUGCAGAGCAGCCCCCAGCCGCGCCCCGGGGCCCCCGCGGGACCGAAGCCACUGGACGGAUACCUUGGCGUGGCGGAUCACAAGCCCCUCAAAAUGCACUGCAGGGACUGCGCCCUGGUGACCAGCUCCGGGCAUCUGCUGCGCAGCCGGCAAGGCCCCCAGAUUGACCAGACCGAGUGCGUCAUCCGCAUGAAUGAUGCCCCCACGCGCGGCUAUGGACGCGACGUGGGCAACCGCACCAGCCUGCGGGUAAUCGCGCAUUCCAGCAUCCAGAGGAUCCUCCGCAACCGCCACGACCUGCUCAAUGUGAGCCAGGGCACGGUGUUCAUCUUCUGGGGCCCCAGCAGCUACAUGCGGCGCGACGGCAAGGGCCAGGUCUACAACAACCUGCAGCUCCUCAGCCAGGUGCUGCCGCGGCUGAAGGCCUUCAUGAUCACGCGCCACAAGAUGCUGCAGUUCGAUGAGCUGUUCAAGCACGAGACAGGCAAAGACAGGAAGAUCUCCAACACUUGGCUCAGCACUGGCUGGUUCACAAUGACGAUUGCCCUGGAGCUCUGUGACAGGAUCAAUGUUUAUGGCAUGGUGCCCCCAGACUUCUGCAGGGACCCCAGUCACCCUUCAGUACCUUAUCACUAUUAUGAACCCUACGGCCCUGAUGAAUGUACAAUGUAUCUCUCCCAUGAACGAGGACGGAAGGGGAGUCACCACCGCUUUAUCACAGAGAAACGAGUCUUUAAGAACUGGGCAAGGACAUUCAAUAUUCACUUUUUUCAGCCAGACUGGAAACCAGAACCCCUUGCUAUAAGUCAUCCUGAGAAUAAACCUGUGUUCUGAGAAAUGAGUGUGCUGGACUGAAACCCCCAAGUGCCGGGCAUAUCAGACAUGUGGGCGCUGGGAUUGUUGGGCCAACAGACAAAAAAGGAGAACAGAACUGGAGGCAGCAAAGUGCCUCCCUCCUCAGGAUGUUCAGUGUACAGAUGCCUAAGAGGCAGGACUAUGAAACAGUGCACUUGGUUCAUGAGGGAAAGUGCCAGAAUGAAUACAUCGUAAUGAGUCUUGCCCCUUCCAGAAGGAAUGAUCAUAGGAUCUGGAGACUUAUUUCAGUGAUGCUGCCAUAGCUAAAAACAUUUUGGAUCUCUUUAAGUAUUGCCUUCAAAACUAAAACACAAAUAACUUUACAAUAAUGGUUGUAUUCAUUUAUAGAAACAUCACGUCAAAAGACAUUUUUCUAUCAAGUCUUAUCCUAACCUGAUCUAUAACCCUGUCAUCUGUUGGAUUCUGUAUGUGUGAUUUGUAAACAAAACUGCUUGAAAGGACAGACCUGAUUUCUGAAGAGCACAUCAUCACUGACUUUCAUACAGCAAAUGCCCAAUAUUUAUUUAUUGAGAGUUUUUUAGUGUACUCUAGGCCAGUAUUUUUAUAGAUUAUGAUUAUGUGGUGAUUUAGCCUUCCUAGCUCUUUAAUCCUGAAUGAUGGUUGGAAAAGGCCUAGAAUCAGGUCAAUGAGUUGCUGUGUUCACCAUGCUCAUAGUAGCAUGCAAUUGUAUUUGCCUUGGAAAUGUUGUUACGUUUGUUGAAGCCUCAGCCUUCAGGAAUAGCUAUAUGAUAUUUUCUAAUGUGCAGAAAUACCCUAAAUGACAAAAUUGAAGACCAAAAACUGCGUCAUUAAAAUGAACAGAUACCAACAAAAGAAAAUGCAGAACAGUUGUCUUGAGUAAUGAUGGAUGUAGGUCACGUCACUUAAUCCCUAGCUUCCUCUUCUGCAGAAUGACGUCACUUCCCUAAAUGUCCUCUUAAAUUUAUCUCAAACCUAAAACUCAGAGCCUUUGUGGACCUAUUUUAUUUGAGGAUUGCACACUUGGAAUGGUGGGGUACCCAAAGUUCCCGGAGUCUUAUUUUAGGGAUUUCCCUACUACCUAUCUCCAGUCUCUUGCUUUUGAAACAUAUUACCCACCUUAUCCCUUUUGGCUAAAAGGGGAGUAGUCUCGGGUCUUCUGGUCCUUCUUACACCAAAUAAGUGGGAGUGUAGGAAGGAAGGAAAACACUUUCAUGAUGUUUCCUGGCUAAGGAGUUGUCUUUUUGUGGGUCUGUGAAGAGAAUACAAGGAGAUUCCAUCAUACAAUUCAUUUACCCUAUGAAUGAUUCAUAGUCAUUGCAUACAUUCACUGUUAUUCCCUGGUCUGCAGUAAUAUGAAGGACCUAUUCAGAGGCAAGAUCAAUUAAUAUGAAAGAUUUCAUUUAAGCAAGUAAUAUUGUUCAAAAACAGUCUUUUAAAAGCUACCAGUGUUUUCUUUGCACAUGGCUUACAAGGCAUUCGUUUCUCUAAUGACAAAUUAGAAGGCCACAGCAAAUAGCAUGUAUGGAAGCUGACAUUGCUUUACAGAACAUGACCUGGCUUGAUUAAAGGUUUCUCAUAUUGCAUUUCUUUUCCCUUUCCUUGGUUAGUGUUAAGAGUUCAUCCCCUUGCACUAACUAGUGGUAUUAGUUAUAGAGCACUAUUGUUGAAAUGCAAAUACAAUCUAGCUGUUUAUAUAGCAAAAAUAAAAUUGAUGUUAUUGAACUGUGACUGGAAAUGUUAAAAGCCAGUACAAUUGAAAUGCCUGUCCAAAUACACUGAAACAUUCUUCCAGUGCAUCCUCUUAAGCUGCACAGUCACUGAACACACAAUUCUUUAUAAAUAUAUGAAUUUUAUAUAAUUGACUUAUAGACCAUCUUGACCAUCACUUUGAAGCGAUGAUGCUCAGAUGAAUGUAGCUCUUUUAGUAAGAUUUUUUUUAAAGAUUUAUUUAUUUAUGCAUACAGAACUGGG